GUAUAAUUAAAUAUUUUUAUUUAAUUAGUUUUAGAAUCAUAUGAAGGAGCAGUUAAAUGGUUGAGUUUUAAUCAUAUAAUUAAAAUGUUGCUCAUUAAUGAAUAUUUUUUACUUAUAAGGAACAAUGACUCGCUGACAAUAAAUAAAGAGCGGAGAAAUGGCGGAAGCUGCAGUGGGUUGGGCCAUUAACAUGUUGGAUUCGCUGCUAACAGGAGAGGUGAAACUGCUGAGAGACUUCCACAAACAAUUUGAAGACGUCAAAGAUGAACUUGAAACCAUUAAAUCAUUCCUGAGAGAUGCAGACGCCAGGUUGGAUCGAGAAAAUGUGGACAGCCGCAUCAGAAAUUGGGUGAAACAAGUGAGAGAAGUCGCUUUCCGCAUAGAAGAUGUCAUUGAUGAAUGCAUGUUUCAUGUGGCAAGGUAUCAAGAUCAGCAUGGAUUGCAUAAAAUGGCUCGCUUUUUCAAGAAUUUGAUGUCGCGCCAUAAGAUAGCCUCAAAGAUUCAAUCUAUCAAGGAAUCAAUUGGUGAAAUAAGAGAAAGAAGGGAAAAGUACGGCUUCAAUUUUUUAUCAGAGCAAGGAAGUAGUGAGAGGCAAAAUAGUUGGCAUGAUCCACGAGUCGCUUCCCUUUUCAUUGAGGAAGCUCAACUUGUAGGUAUCGAAUCUCCCAAAGCUGACUUGAUUAGAUUAUUAGUUCAGGGAAUAUCCAAAAAUACCAUCAUCUCAGUGGUGGGCAUGGGAGGAUUAGGCAAGACCACUCUUGCCAGGAAGGUGUAUGACUCUAAGGAGGUGAUAUCACACUUUAAUUGCAAAGCUUGGAUCACAGUAUCUCAAUCCUACAAGAUGGAGGAGCUACUGAGAAACAUGAUAAAGGAAUUGCAACGAGAAGAAGCACAGGUUUCAUUCCAAGGAAUAGAGAAUAUGGACGAGUCGUUGCUGAUCAGGAAACUGAGAGAGUAUUUAUCAGAGAGGAGAUACAUAGUUGUUCUUGAUGAUGUCUGGAAAAUUGAUUUCUGGGGAGAUAUAAGGAUUGUUUUUCCUGAUAAUGACAGAGGAAGUAGAAUUAUUAUCACUACUCGAAAUGAAGAUGUUGCCGCUUCUACUAAAGAGUCUUCAUCUUAUCAUAUCUACAAACUACAACCAUUGCCUCGAGACAAAGCGUUUGAGCUGUUCUGGAAGAAGGUAUUCCAAUCCAAGGAGGGAUAUUGCCCACUGGAGUUGCGAGAGUUGUCAGAUGCCAUAGUUGAAAAAUGUGAAGGAUUGCCCUUAGCCAUUGUGACAAUAGGUGGUUUGUUAGCAACUAAAGACGUGUCUGUAUCAGAAUGGCAAAGGUUCUGCAAUGGCCUUGCUUCAGCAUUAGCAAGUGAUCAACGGUUCUCAAGUAUAGCAAAAAUUUUAUCCCUAAGCUAUCAUGAUCUGCCUUACCAUCUUAAAUCUUGUUUUUUGUAUUUGAGCCUAUUUCCAGAGGAUUACUCUAUUAAUUGUUGGAGAUUGAUCAGAUUGUGGAUAGCGGAGGGCUUCAUAAAAGAAAGGCAAGGCGGAACAUUGGAAGAGAUUGCAGAAGAAUACUUAAUGGAGCUCAUUCGCAGAAGCUUGGUUCAAUUGGCCGCGGUUAGUAUUGAUGGUAAGCCUAGAGAUUGCCGCGUCCAUGAUUUGGUAAGGGAGGUUAUUCUUUCUCGAUCAAAAGAAUUAAGCUUCCAUCAAGUGUCAUUGGAAAAUUAUGAGAGUUUGAAAGGAAGAAGCAGGCACCUCUCAAUUUAUGAUAGAGCAACAAAUAUUCCAGACAGUGGCAGCAAUUUUCAAACUCAUUCAAUUAUUUUUUUAGGGGUAAAUGAAUUGCCAAAAUCUUUGAUUAGCUUUUUCUUUACAAAUCUGAAGCUUUUGAGAGCUCUAGAUCUUCAAGGAGCACCUUUGGAUCACAUUCCUAAAGAAUUGGGAAUUUUAUGGCAUUUGAGAUAUUUAAGUCUAAAAGGGACAAAGGUGAAGAUGCUACCAACGUCCAUUGGUAAGCUGUGCAACCUGGAGACUUUGGAUUUAAAAUAUUCCCUGGUGCAUGAUCUGCCUGUUGAGAUCAAUAGGCUGCUUAAAUUGCGACAUCUUCUGGCCUGUUCUGUUAAUUUUGAUAAUGAGAUGAACUUUAAUAGUUUACGUGGGGUGAAGAUGCAGGGCAAUAUUGGGUAUCUAAAGGCAUUACAAAAGCUCAAAUACAUUGAAUUAGAUGAUGACACGGGCUUGAUAAGCCAAGUGGAAAAGUUGACACAGCCGCGAUCAUUAAAGAUCAAAAAAAUGAAAAGAGAAAAGGGCAUGGCAUUGUGCUCUGCUUUGGAGAAGAUGACUUGCCUUCACACACUUGGUGUCUCUUCAAUAGAUGAGGAGGAAUUUCUGGAUCUAGAAUCAAUUUCUAAUCCCCUUCCUCUUCUUCAACGUCUCGUUCUAACCGGGCCAUUAUUGCAGUUACCACAUUGGAUUCCCAAACAAACGAGUUUGAUUAAAAUCUUUUUAUAUUAUUCCAGAUUAGGAGAUGCUGCAAUAAGGGCUCUCCAAGCUUUACCUAAUCUACUAGAAUUAAGGUUUUAUGAGGGAUACAAUGGAGAGCAAUUGCAUUUUAGGAGAGGAUGCUUUCAAAAACUCAAGCAGCUGUAUCUAAAUUCCUUGAUUCCAUUGAAUGUGCUCAUAAUAGACGAAGGAUCACUUCCUCUUCUUGAAGAGCUAGGUAUUGGUCCUUGCCCAAAUUUGAAGGAGGUGCCCUCUAGCGUCUAUUUUCUGAGAAAUCUCAAAACCCUCAAAUUUGUUGACAUAAAGAGGGAAUUUGCAAUUGGAAUGCUACCAGAUGGAGGUCCUGACUACUGGAAAGUGAAGCAUAUACCAACCGUCUUUUUCUCUUAUACGAUUAAAGGACUCGGUUAUAGACACUACAAGCUUGGUGAUUCAGACUUGGUGAAACAUUUGCACAGAGACUCCGACUAACGUACAGCACCUUACGGAACAGGUAAUUUCUAUUGAUGGUGCUGAGCUUCUCAUUUAGUCCAUGGCUUUUUGUGGCCAAGGAGGUUUUAUACUUUUGUUGUCGUGGCUUUGCAACUCUAGUUCAUCUGCUAUUAGGAUAUUGAAAUUUGUAUCCAAUCGUAUUAUUGUAUAUCUUGCUAUGGCGUAUAUGGGCUGGGUUCUAUAAAUCAUAUUAUGGUAUCAUCCAAACAUCCAUCUACGCUAAAACAUCAACUGUGUCUUUGUAUUGAUGUAAUAUCUAUUUUUAUAGAAAUGAAAGUAAACUAUUACUUAUGACAAAUUUUUUA